AUGAGGAUUAUAUGUUUCCCGAAACUCGUUCAAUCUGAAGAAUCUAAACCGCACACCUUGAAAAACUGUGCCCUGGUCAUUGAUGGGCAAAAUUUCUUUUAUUCAAUUAAUCAAGAUAGCAAACCUCCCCACUUAUUUGAACAUAGCGAAGAAGAAUCUUUGAACAGUAUUUUGGAAUUCCUAAAUAACGAAGAUGAGAAAGAGAAGUUUCUGAGUCAGAUGCAAAAUAUAUUAAACAGCAUGAAUGAGAAUUCCUUGCCAGUUGUGGCGGCCUACCUGUUGAAUAGAAGUGGCAAAAAUGAUGAACUCAGUGUAUCCUUUCGUGACCCUCAGUGGUUCGAAAAAGGAGUCGCUGCCCAGAAAAUUCCUAUUCGGUACAUCAACUUGUACACUCAUAAAUGUAUUCUAGGCUCCUGGGCAGAUACCAAAUCGAAAAACGCUAAUGACGUACUUCUAUUCUCGGCGGACAUAAUAAAAUAUGCUCACAACUUGUUGACUAAUUAUAAAUUAACUGAAAUUACUGUUUACCAUAAAUAUGAUGGCUUCCUGAAAAUCAAGACUGAAGAUAAAAUCUGGAAAGCAUACAAAUGCUCAGAAUCUGUGUUUGAAAAUGGAUGGAAAAACUAUUGUUUACUGCACAUGAACUAUUUGAAUACAUUAUGUGGAUCACCGUUCAUGACAACGAAAUACCACGAAACGUUUAAUGGUACCUUUAUAUACAAACUGUUGAAGGAUAUGGACGGUGGCGAUGAAAAAGAAUUCAUCGCAGAACUGUUUAAAACAGCGCCAUCUGUUUUAACAUUUGUAAACAAGCUGAUAAGUACAUACGAGAAGCUUCUUAAAGGGCCUGACUAA